ACGUUUCAUUGAAUGAAUCCCCUACUAUUUUUUUCUUCUUCCUCCUCAAAAAAAGAAAUGAAAAAGAAAAUGGUAUCUUGAAGUAUAUAUAUAUUAUUAAUACUGCUAAAACUCAUCGACCACUUGAAGGCGGGAAGAGAAAUGGUCUGGCCAAUCCGCCAACAAGCUUCUCGGAUUGCUCCAACAGUGGCAGCUCUAAGUUUUCUAAGACCUGGUUUAACUAAUACCCAUCUGGGUGUUCAUAGACACUCCUCUGGUUCAAACCAGAGAAAUUUGGCACAAGCUGAAGAAGUCCAAGUAGGAUUACUGCAUGAAAUCAAAAGACAUCCAGUUGUAAGAGUGGAGGCUUUGAGUGAUGUGUCAAAAGCUAAGAAUGGGCCCAACUUUAGUGAAAUGAAGGAUAGGUUUCUCAGUUUUAAGAAGCACAAAUUUUUGAAAGAGUCGGAGCAUUUCCAAAAUCUGGCUCAAGUUCAAGAUCCUAAGUUUAUGGUGAUUGCUUGUGCAGACUCUAGAGUAUGCCCCUCUAACAUCCUAGGCUUUCAACCUGGAGAGGCGUUUAUGAUUAGAAAUGUAGCAAACCUUGUUCCCCCCUUUGAGAAUGGUGCAUCAGAGACUAAUGCAGCCCUCGAGUUUGCAGUAAAUACUCUUGAAGUUGAGAAUAUAUUCGUCAUUGGCCACAGUAGUUGUGCAGGAAUUGAGACUCUCAUGACAAUGCAAGAUGAUGGUGAUUCAAGUAGCUUUACUCAUAGAUGGGUUGUGAAUGCUAAAGUCGCCAAAUUAAGAACAAAAGCUGAUGCGCUGCACCUUAGCUUUGAUCAGCAAUGCAGAUACUGUGAGAAGGAAUCGAUCAAUCGUUCAUUAUUGAAUUUGCUAGCAUAUCCAUGGAUAGCAGACAAAGUAGGGAAGAAUAUGCUCUCUGUUCAUGGAGGAUACUAUGAUUUCUUGAAUUGUGCAUUUGAUAAAUGGACACUUGAUGUAAAUGGUAACAACAGUACCCUAGGGGACAAACAGUACUUGGUUAAAGAUCGAGAACGUUGGUUCUGAUCCAUUUCUUGCUUCUUCUAUUUAAACGUCUCUGUAAAGUUAGUGUUAGGAGUUACAAACUACAGACAAUUUCCUAAUCCUGUAAUUCAUUUCAAUUUAUGUGUGAAAGGGCCAAAUAAAGUAGGGCAAGGAUA